UAAAAAGUCGAUUUUGGUCGAAAGUCGACGUCGACUUUGCCAUCUUUAGUCUGUUCGUCGUUUGUGUUGUUUCAAUCGUUCUUGUUAUUUUUUAUCACUGCAAUUGUUGGAUUUCUUGAUAUUGGAGCUUAUCUUGGUGGAAUCAUAACACCUCUCGGAGAAUUUAUAUAUUCGAAAUUGACAUCAACUUCUCAAAGGCAUCUUACCUUAGGAAAAGUUAUCGGAUUUUUGUUUACGGCAUUCGCAGACAGAGCGCAUCCAUUUUUUCUUUAUUCGGCGGUGGUAAAAAAACUGAUACGCAUCUAUUAAUAUGAAGUGCGCUGUACUAUAUUGCAAGAGCUCUAUCAAAGACAGUACAAUAAAUUUUCAUAAAUUCCCAAACAACCAAGAGUUGUUCCAAAAAUGGGCGGACUUUUGCGAACAAGCAGUCGGCAGAAAUGCAAAAGUUUGUAGUGAACAUUUUCUGCCAGAUGAUUAUGAAGGAAGCUUAAAAGUUGAAAUGGGAUUCGGAAGAUGGCGCUACCUUAAAAAGGGUGCUGUACCGUCCGUUAAGAAAAAUCAGAUUGCAUCCUUAAUUACAGCCCUGAAAAAGCCAUGGCCAUCACAAAGUAGUACUCUACCACAGACUUCAACAAAAGCAGCAGCCAUUUCGCAUAAAACAUCAGAGGCUGAAACGCAGAACAAACCAUCUACCGCUGCGAAACCUGUAGUUAAGGUCGCAUAUAUUUUGCCAAAGGCUUUAAAUAAACCAGCAAAAGCUUUGUGCCACACCACGCCAGUAACAUAUGCUUCACCUACCAUUUCGUUGAUGACUGCACCCUCUCGUGACCUCAACUGUACAAUAGAUUACUUGGAAAACAAAGUUGAAACGGCAAAAAAAGAUGCAGAACUGAAAACGAAAUUUCUGGAAGAGAAAAUCGAAGCGCUAAAGACUGAAAAUCAACGUUUGCAACAAUGCUCGAAAUUGAGGCUAGAAGAAGCCACCCGUUUGGAACAGCAAAUUGUAACGCUAAGACAGGAUAAAUUUAAAUUAGAAUUGGCAUCAGUUAAAUAUGAAAAAGAAAAAGCUGCUUUGGAGAUGCGCGUUAAGAGAGCCGAGUUCGAGCAAAGAAAUUUGGAGCAGAAACUGCAAACGAUAUUCACUCCUAAACAGAUUAGAAUGAUAAAAAGUGGAAAGACCCAACGCUGGAAUGAAGAAGAUAUUAAGAUGUCCAUUAAACUAUAUAGGACUAGCCCCAAAAUGUAUAUUAUGCUAAAGGAAAAGAAUUAUCCGUUACCUGGUGUGCGCACCAUUCAAAUGUGGUGCCAAAUGAAGAAAAUUCAAAUCGAUGGAACUGAAGAUGACGCGGAUAAAGAAAUUCCAAGCAGUACCGUAAAAAAUGGAAAUCAAACAGAAGAACAGCCCGUUGAUGAUUUAGAUAAUGAAAUGAUUACAAAUGAUAUGUUUGAAAUUGAAAGGAUCGAUGAGAACGUUGAUGAGGCGACUGUGCAUGGUAGUACAGAAGAGGAAGAAAAUACUGCAGUAGAAAAGAUGUGUGAUGAUGGAGAUGAGGUGAGCAGUGACAUGGAUGCUGCUUUCAAGUUGAUAACUUAUGAUUCAGAUGAAACCAUAAGUGCUAUAGAAGAUGAACACGAUAUUACGGAUGCAAUUUCAUUUGAUCACACGGAUAAGGCAAAUGAAAAUAGUAUACUAACAGUCGAAAGUCCCGGUAUUGAGGUUCAAGAAUUCAUUAUUCCGUGAUGGCUGGAUGCUCUGGAGGUUAUGGAAAUUUCAAACAAGUAAAUGAAGAAAUAAAGCGGUUAAGGUAGUAGGUUUUUUCGCCAAUUGGAUUUAGCCUUGUAUUUAAAAGGCCAAAUUAUUUAUAACUCGUUUCAGACAUUAUAAAUGAUGAGGAAAUUUUAGGAGAUUUUUAUUUUUAUCAACUGAUUGAAUGAAACUUUAAUAAAUGUGGCGAUAUCUGCAUUUUAUAAAUAGGAUUUGCAAUUUCGACAGAAGUAUGUAAAAUGAGAAAUUCGCCAUUCGUAAAAUAUCCAUACAUAUGUAUAUUCGCUAAAUUAGAGCGAAUACUUUUUUAUGAGUUGAUAUAAUUAAAAAUAGAAAAAGAACUAAUGGAAAAUUGGUUGUAUUAUAUAAGCUAGAACUAUGUAUUUUAGAUAUACACACAUAAGUAUAUUAAUUUAUGCUUUUGUCCUUUUCACAGACUUAAUUUAAAUAUAUGCUGGCGUACUUUAGCGCACUUCAAGUCCAGGUUAUAUCGUACCUUUACUGCAGAAAUUUCAUUGGGGUUUCGAUUAUAAACAUAUCAUUUGAAGAAAAUGUGUGUUCGUUUUUACCAUGUGAGCCUUUGUAAACAGUGAAUUUUAAAGCCGUUUUUCUCGAGCUUCUGUUUUUUUUGUAUCAUGACAUUCUUGCAGCAGAGGUACCAUAUGCCGUUUCUAUUCUUAUAUUUAGUAUAGUAUCAUACUAAUUGGAGUUUAAAUUGAGAUGUUCAAACGUUUUAUGUACUGUGUAUGUUCAAUAAAUAAUUUCAUUUAAUUGGAAAAAUUUAUAAGUUAA